AUGCCAACGAUGGAGCGCUUUUCGUAUAUCUCUCCCAUAAGCCGACUUACAGAUCUCACUGUCUCGACCGCGGAUAGACUGGCCCUGCAGCGGACUUCGACAUUAGCACCGCCUCAUCCUGGCCUAGCAAAAUGGCCAUACGAGUCGACUGACGAGCUGCCGCCUGUUCCACGACUACCGAACCGCGUUUCUUGUAGCACCUGCUCAUAUGGCCCGCGAGGCAACAAGCCUCCAGCAUCUGCAACCAAGGCAACGGCAAUUCCUUUUCGUCCGGGAACGCGCUUCUACCUGACGUUCACGGCUUUGUCUGCUCUGGCUUUGGUUGUUGCUCUGGAUGGCACAACCAUGUCCGUGGCCAUGCCGGCUAUCGCGAACGCCGUGCAUGGCUUAACGACAGGCGUGAUCUGGGCCACGACGGGCUUUCUUAUUGCAUCCACCGUGUUCCAGCCAGUCUACACAGCCUUCAGCGAAAGCUUUGGCAGCAAAAAGUUGGCUAUUCUUUCUGUGCUCCCCCUACUAGCUGGGACCCUAGCGACAGGGCUUGCAAAGGAUAUGACGACUCUUCUUAUAGGUCGCUCAAUACAAGGCGUUGGCGCUGGCGGUGUAACAGCACUCACAGCAAUCCUCGUUAACGACCUGAUCCCUUUGCAACAUCGCGGCCAGUGGAUUGGGAUCCUCGGUGCUGUGUGGACCGCCGGGUCCACGUUUGGUCCAGUCCUUGGCGGAGCUCUUGCCAGUGAUGAGCUCUGGCACUGGAUGUUCCUAGUCACAUUACCUCUCAUUGCAGCAAGCUUCAUGUCGAUCGUCAUCUUCUGCCAAGCGAAGCCAUCGACCACGAGCUUCGUGAGUGGCGUCAAAGACGUUGACUGGGUGGGCUCAAUCGUUUUUGUGGCAAGCAUCAUCACUAUAUUGGUGCCCUUGACAUGGGGUGGGGUGACUUACGACUGGUCCAGCUGGCGAGUUCUGACACCGAUGGGCUGCAGCGCGGCGGGAUUCAUUAUACUGUUCUAUCACGAACGCUAUGUCGCGAAGCAGCCCAUCAUUCGCGGAGAGAUCUUCGCUAAUCGCACUACCAACAUUGCAUACAUCACUACCGCUAUACAUGGCAUGAUACUCUGGACUCUACUAUACUACCAACCGCUCUACACAGAAGGCGUCCGGAGCUUUCGUCCUGUUGUGGCAGGAGUAGCUCUGUUCCCGACUACUUUCACGGUUAUGCCGAUGGCGAUCGCUACAGGUCUGGCUAUCGGCAAGCUGGGACGCUGGCGAUGGUCCGUCUGGAGUGGUUGGGGUGUGACCGUGCUGGGUACGGGAAUGCUCUGCGCACUCGAUACGAAUACGCAGAUUGUGCAGGUCGUGCUGACUGACUUGAUACUUGGUGUUGGAUUGGGCUCUCUCUUCCCCGCGCUACAAUACCAACUACAGUCCGCCACAAUGAGCAAGCAUUUGGCAUCUGCAGUCGCAAUGUUCUCUUUCUUCCGUGGCCUCGGGCAGACCCUGGGCGUCGCCAUCAGCGGUAACGUCUUCCAGAACGCACUAUCAGCUCGGCUGGCUAAAGAGCCAUUGUUCGCUGACAGAGCACAAGAGCUAGCGAAGAAUGCUAUCGACAUUGUCAAAUGGCUGCAGACCGCGCAAACAGGCGAUGAGAAGGCCAUCAUGCGCCAAGCAUUCACGAAUAGCAUUCGUGUAGUCUACAUCGUCAUGGCUGCUCUUGCUGUUGUAGCCACCUUCUUAAGCAUCUUCAUCCAGCACUACAAUCUGGAUCGGCCGCUUGAUACCGAACAGUAUGUGUGGGAAGUGGAGCCUGAGGAUAAACAAUUACCGAAAGGCAUACUGAAGACCUGA